AUGUCCGACACAGAGGUCGUCGUAAACAAGAAUAAGAGUCAUAGGAAGGAUAAACCUUGGGAUACAGAUGAUAUUGACCAGUGGUGGAAGAUAGACCCUUUUCACCCAGAAGACAACAAGGGCGGCGCAUUUCUCGAAGAAUCCUCUUUUGCAACACUGUUUCCCAAAUAUCGAGAAAAAUACCUCCGUGAAGUAUGGAGUGUGGUGACAAAGGCUUUGGAAACACACGAUGUGGCGUGUACCUUGGACUUGGUUAACGGUUCCAUGUCAGUCAGAACGACUCGCAAAACAUACGAUCCCUAUAUCAUCUUUAAGGCACGAGAUAUGAUUAAACUCCUAGCUCGUGGCGUUGCGGUUCAGCAGGCAGUCAAAAUACUCGAUGACAACAUCUCCUGCGACAUUAUCAAAAUUGGCAACCUUGUUCGGAAUAAGGAACGGUUUGUGAAGCGAAGGCAGCGCAUAAUAGGUCCAGAUGGCAGCACACUGAAGGCCAUUGAAUUGUUAACGCAGUGUUACGUGUUAGUACAGGGAAACACCGUCAGCGUUAUGGGGCCUCACAAGUCAUUGAAGGAGGUGCGGCGUAUAGUAUUGGAUUGUAUGAAAAACAUUCAUCCAAUCUAUAGAAUCAAAGAACUGAUGAUACGCCGAGAACUCGCUAAAGACCCUAAACUGGCGACAGAGUCCUGGGACCGUUUCCUACCCCAGUUCAGGAAGAGUCACCUCAAAACGUCAGAGAGAACGGCUAAGAAGAACGAGCGACUUGCGGCUAGGAAUGCGGCUCGACAAGUCGCCGGCCUGGAACCAGCAACAUCACAACCCACCAAGAAAGUUUACACCCCCUUCCCACCAGCUCAACAACCUCGCAAAGUUGACCUUCAACUCGAAUCUGGCGAAUACUUCCUCAAGAAACAUGAAAUAGAGGCACGAGAAGCCGACAAAAGGAAGCAAAAGCAAGCGGAAAACACCAAGAACAAGCGUGCAGAGCGUAGCCAAGCAUUCAUAGCUCCUGUCGAAGGACGGCAUAUGACAGUCGAAGAAAAACGACACAAGAAGCGAAAAGCGACGGAGGACGAGAAUGGGCAACAUGUUGAAAAAGCAAAGAAGAAGAAACACAAAGCAACGGAAGAUGAAGUUGCGUAG